UCCUAUCGUGGGAGCCACAGAACAGUGCACGUGUAAUCCGCCCGUUAACACAAGGGUAGUCUUGGCAUUUAGAAAUCUCAGAAAGACCUCGCAAAACGCAUUGACGCAACACAUUUUCCUCCCCGGAGCCCGUUUCCUCUUACUCGGGGCCUGGGGGCACAGGCAAAGCCACUCGCUUCGAGGUAUUUCCUUUCUCAUAGCCAUCUCCAAAAAUUCCUGCCAACCUCAAAAUCCAACUAACUCCAGUGAAAAAUCAUCCGCUUGCCUCAAGUUUCAUAAUGACCAAAUCUUGGCUACCUGUAUUUGUCACAGCUCUUGUUUUACAGGCACUUGGGGCCGCCUCAGUUGUGGUACCGAGUUCCAAUUGCUAUGUCCUCGAUAAUUCUAGUCACAUUGUUGAUUUUAGUAGCUGGGUUGGGCAUCCUUUUGAGUAUGAUGAAGGGAAGGGCUCUGACUUGGUGGUUCGAUUUUGCAAAGAUGUGGAGAGUAGAUCACAAGCGGGAUAUGUGGAUUUUGGCCGAUUUGAUAAGCUCAACUACUUCGUUACUGGUUCAGGGCAAGUUGAUUUUGUUCAAGGUUUUUUCAAUGGUGACCUGAUGAAUUGUGAGCACAGUUAUGAUAAAAUGGGACGUACAGCUCAGGUAAAUGUUAUAUGUGGAAGUUGUUUAAAUGAAGAAUGUAAAGAUGGGCUUGGAUGCAUAUGCAAUGUUACCUAUGAGUCAACUUGCAGAGUUUUUGUUGAACUUGCUAUUCAAUGUGAGAGAUCCGGUCCACGGGUAUUUGAGGGCUUCACUGUUGGGUUUCAUCCACGAUCAUGGGAAAUUGUUUACAAUGGUAUGACCCAAUUGGGUUUUGAAAAGUCUCACCGUGAUUUCAGCUUUACAACUGAACAGGUUCAUGUAGCCCUUUAUAUGACCGCGAUUGCUUCUCUAUCGAAAUUGGUGCAGAAGCCUAUUAUUGAGGUUCUUCCAGAAAAUGGCCUGGAAGUUCGGUUAUCAGGCUCAGGGGCAACUGGGAAACCCCCUACAACUUUGUCGCCCACAGUGCUGAUUGUGGAUUGGAGAUGUGAGAAGGCCCGCAAUACUCCAUAUGAAGUUAAUGUCACUAUCCCAGUAGAGGGUUAUGAGCCCAUUCAAUUCAUUCUUACAAAAAUGUGUGAAUAUAGGCAGGAUCAAGGGGCAAGUGCGACCAGAGGGUGGGCUACAUUUGGAGUGGUAUCGUGCAUAUUCAUUGUCUGUUCAACAGUGUUUUGUUGCGGAGGAUUCAUUUACAAAACUCGAGUGGAACGCCUGCAUGGGAUUGAUGCAUUGCCGGGCAUGACAAUACUAUCUGCUUGCUUAGAAACUGUGAGUGGAGCAGGGCAAAGCUACUCGCGAGCAGAAGACCUUAACAAUGCCUUCGCCAAAGCCUCUUGGGAACAACCAAGUGAAAAGAAAUAUGGUUCCAUCUGAAUUCUAUAUACCUCGCCACAUUUCAAUUUCCAGCGAAUUUUAUACUGCAAAUCACACAUGUAUCAACCAAAGAUAUGCGGGAUCAUGAAGUCUCACCACCUUAUCAUACUAUAAUCGAAGUCUACAGCGAGAGUUUGUAAUCGCCCAUGUGAGUAUAUUUUCCUAAGUUCAUUUACUGCCUUCUUUGUUGUUGUAUUUGUUUUCUUACAUUUCAGAGAAUAUAUAUACAAUUUUGUCCGCAUCCUCCCCA